GGAGCCGGGUGUUUCCCACAGGGAGCUGGCAUGGCUGCAGUGCUCUUUGGCUUUGAGGAUCUGCUCUACAGCUGGGACAGCUUGGUGUGGAACUUGACCUCGCGGGCCUUGAGGACCUGCCGCGUUGGAAAUCUGAGGGUCCUGCAGCUCAUGCUGAAGCCAUGGUGCAUUUCCAGAGCCGUCUAUCAGAUGACGGAGGGCCGCAGAUGCCAAGUGCAUCUCCUCGAUGACAGGAAGCUGGAGCUCCUUGUUCAGCCAAAGCUUUUGGCGAAGGAGUUGCUCGACCUGGUGGCAUCGCAUUUCAACCUGAAGGAAAAGGAGUACUUCGGAAUUGCAUUCACAGAUGAAACGGGGCACUUGAACUGGCUCCAGCUGGACCGCCGAGUGCUGGAACAUGACUUCCCCAAAAAGUCAGGACCGGUUGUGUUGUACUUUUGUGUCAGGUUCUACAUUGAAAGCAUCUCCUACCUAAAGGAUAACGCCACCAUUGAGUUGUUCUUCUUGAAUGCCAAGUCCUGCAUCUACAAGGAACUCAUUGAGGUUGAUAGCGAAGUGGUGUUUGAACUGGCUGCCUACAUCUUGCAGGAGGCAAAAGGAGAUUUUUCAAGCAAUGAAGUUGUAAGGAAUGAAUUAAAGAAGCUGCCAGCCCUUCCAACACCAGCGCUGAAGGAGCACCCUUCGCUUGCUUACUGUGAGGACCGAGUCAUUGAACAUUACAAGAAACUAAAUGGUCAGACAAGAGGUCAAGCAAUCGUGAAUUAUAUGAGCAUUGUGGAAUCCCUCCCAACAUAUGGAGUACAUUACUACGCAGUGAAGGACAAGCAGGGAAUUCCUUGGUGGUUAGGACUUAGCUACAAGGGGAUUUUUCAAUACGACUACCACGACAAAGUGAAACCAAGAAAGGACAAAACUGCUAUUGAGCUCACUGGAGCUGUGAUUUCCAUAGAUGUGAAGGCCCAAAAGGGCUACCCGGCGUCUGUGACCAGGAGGACUUUUGGGCAUAGUGGCAUCGCUGUGCACACCUGGUACGCCUGCCCGGCGCUGAUAAAGUCUAUCUGGGCUAUGGCCAUUAGUCAACACCAGUUCUAUCUGGACAGGAAGCAAAGCAAGUCCAAGAUUCACGCCGCGAGGAGCCUCAGUGAGAUUGCCAUUGACCUGACCGAGACUGGGACGCUCAAGACCUCCAAGCUGGCCAACAUGGGGAGCAAAGGCAAAAUCAUCAGCGGCAGCAGCGGGAGCCUCCUGUCAUCAGGUUCCCAGGAGUCAGACAGUUCCCAGUCUGCCAAGAAGGACAUGCUGGCGGCGCUGAAAUCCAGGCAGGAGGCUCUGGAGGAGACGCUGCGCCAGCGCCUGGAGGAGCUGAAGAAGCUGUGUCUCCGGGAAGCGGAGCUCACAGGGAAGCUGCCACGAGAGUAUCCCCUGGAUCCCGGGGAGGAGCCGCCUAUUGUAAGGAGAAGAAUAGGAACUGCCUUUAAACUGGAUGAGCAGAAGAUCCUGCCUAAGGGAGAGGAGGCCGAGCUGGAGCGCCUGGAGAGGGAGUUUGCCAUUCAGUCUCAGAUCACAGAGGCCGCGCGGCGCCUGGCGAGCGACCCGAACGUCAGCAAGAAGCUGAAGAAGCAGAGGAAGACGUCCUACCUGAACGCCCUGAAGAAGCUGCAGGAGAUCGAGAAUGCCAUCAACGAGUACCGCAUCAAAUCCGGGAAGAAGCCAACCCAGAGAGCAUCCCUGAUCAUAGAUGAAGGAAACAUUGCCAGUGAGGACAGCUCCCUGUCGGACGCCCUUGUUCUCGAGGAUGAGGACUCUCAGGUCACCAGCGCAAUAUCCCCUCUGCAGUCCCCACACAAGGGGCUCCCGCCCCGGCCGCCCUUGCACAACCGGCCUCCUCCUCCGCAGUCCCUCGAAGGCCUCCGGCAGAUGCAUUAUCACCGCAACGACUACGACAAGUCGCCCAUCAAGCCCAAGAUGUGGAGCGAGUCCUCCCUGGACGAACCCUACGAGAAGGUCAAGAAACGCUCCUCACACAGUCAUUCCAGCAGUCACAAGCGGUUCCCCAGCACCGGGAGCUGUGCUGAGGCAGGCGGGAGCAGCUCCCUGCAGAACAGCCCCAUCCGGAGCCUUCCCCACUGGAAUUCCCAGUCCAGCAUGCCGUCGACGCCGGAUCUGCGGGUACGCAGCCCGCACUACGUCCACUCCACACGGUCCGUAGACAUCAGCCCGACCAGACUGCACAGCUUAGCUCAGCACUUUAGACACCGGAGCUCCAGUUUGGAGUCGCAAGGCAAGCUCCUCGGGUCGGAGAAUGAGACAGGGAGCCCCGAUUUCUACACCCCAAGGACUCGUAGCAGUAACGGCUCCGACCCCAUGGACGACUGCUCUUCCUGCACCAGCCACUCCAGCUCCGAGCACUACUACCCCGCUCAGAUGAACCCCAACUACUCCACCCUGGCUGAGGACUCCCCCUCGAAAGCCCGCGAGCGGCAGCGGCAGCGGCACAAAUCGGCAGGCAACCUGGUCUCUUCCAACUCGGGCAGCAUGCCCAACCUGGCGGCCAGGAACGGCACGGGCCACCACCGGGUCUACCUGCACAGCCAGAGCCAGCCCUCCUCCCAGUACAGGAUCAAAGAGUAUCCCCUGUACAUCGAGGGCAGCUCCACACCCGUGGUGGUGCGGAGCCUGGAGAACGACCAGGAGGGACACUACAGCGUGAAAGCACAAUUUAAAACCUCCAACUCCUACACGGCGGGGGGGAUGUUUAAGGAGAACUGGCACGGGGACGAAGCAGACUCGGUCAGGCUGACGCCCUCCCGCUCCCAGAUCAUCAGGACUCCAUCUCUGGGCAGGGAGGGCCACGAGAAGGGCUCGGGUAGGACUGCCGUGUCGGACGAGCUGCGGCUGUGGUACCAGCGCUCCACGGCCUCCCACAAGGAGCACAGCCGCCUCUCGCACACGAGCUCCACCUCCUCGGACAGCAGCUCCCAGUACAGCUCCUCCUCGCAGAGCACCUUUGUGGCGCACAGCAGGGUCACGAGAAUGCCUCAGAUGUGCAAAGCGACGUCAGCCGCGUUACCUCACGGCCAGAGGAGCUGCACGCCGUCGGGGGAGCUCGCCGCCACGCCGCCCGGCAGCCCCCGCCGCCUCCUCGCCUGGCAGACGGGAGAAGCAACAGACAACUCACCCACUAUGGAUGAGUCUCAGUCUCCAACCCACCAAAGUACUGAUGAAUAGAGGAGCUGCAACGAUAGCUGUUUCCUGGAUUCUCCCCUCUAUCCGGAAUUAGCAGAUGUCCAGUGGUAUGGACAGGAAAAAGCCAAGCC